AUGGCCGUGCGCUCCCGCCGCCCGUGGGUGAGCGUGGCACUGGGGCUGGUGCUGGGCUUCACAGCCGCGUCCUGGCUCAUCGCCCCCAGAGUGGCCGAGCUGAGCGAGAGGAAGAGACGCGGCUCCAGCAUCUGCUCCUACUACGGCCGCUCGGCCGCUGGCUCCGGUGCGCAGCAGCCGCUACCCCAGCCUCAGUCCCGUUCGCGGCCGGAGCAGUCACCGCCCCCCGCACGCCCGGAGCUCAAAGGGCCGCAUCUGGCUGAACCAGUAGCUGGGGUAGCCAGUUUUCGGAGCAGUCCCUGGCAGCAGCCACCUCCGCUGCAGCAGCGGCGACGAGGACGCGAGCCCGAAGGCGGGACGGGGCUCCCCGGCGCCCCCAUGGCGGAGGGGGAACCCGAGGAGGAGGACGGGGUCGCGGCUCGGCAACAGAGAGGCGGCCGGCCGAGAAGCAGCCACAACGGCAGCGGGGACGGGGGCGCCGCCGCCCCGAGCUCCCGACCCCGAGGUUUCCUGUACGUGGGGGUGAUGACCGCGCAGAAGUACCUGGGCAGCCGCGCGCUGGCGGCGCAGCGGACCUGGGCGCGCUUCAUCCCCGGCCGCGUGGAGUUCUUCUCUAGCCAGCAGCCGCCCAACGCUGGGCUUGGCCAGCACUCCCCACCCCUACCUGUCAUCGAGCUGCCCGGGGUGGACGACUCUUACCCUCCCCAGAAAAAGUCCUUCAUGAUGAUCAAGUACAUGCACGACCACUACCUGGACAAGUAUGAGUGGUUCAUGCGCGCCGACGACGAUGUCUACAUCAAAGGCGACAAGCUGGAAGAGUUUCUUAGGUCACUGAACAGCAGCAGGCCCCUCUACCUGGGCCAGACUGGCCUGGGCAGUGUUGAGGAACUGGGGAAGCUGGGCCUGGAGCCCGGGGAGAACUUCUGUAUGGGAGGACCCGGCAUGAUCUUCAGCCGGGAGGUUCUCAGGAGGAUGGCGCCACACAUUGGCGAAUGCCUGGGAGAAAUGUACACGACGCACGAGGACGUGGAAGUAGGACGAUGUGUUCGCCGAUUUGGGGGGACUCAGUGUGUCUGGUCCUAUGAGAUGCAGCAACUCUUCCAUGAAAAUUAUGAACACAACCGAAAGGGUUAUAUUCAAGACCUUCACAAUAGCAAAAUCCAUGCAGCCAUAACCCUCCACCCCAACAAAAGGCCUGCCUACCAAUACAGGCUGCAUAACUACAUGCUCAGCCGCAAAAUCUCUGAACUUCGCUACCGCACCAUCCAGCUGCACCGGGAGAGCGCGCUGAUGAGCAAGCUCAGUAACAGCGAAGUGAGCAAAGAGGACCAACAGCUGGGAGCGCUGCCUUCCUUCAACCACUUCCAGCCUCGGGAGAGGGACGAGGUGAUAGAAUGGGAGUUCCUGACAGGAAAGCUCCUUUACUCAGCCUCUGAGAACCAGCCUCCUCGACAGAGCAUCAGCAGCAUCCUCAGAACAGCGCUGGAUGACACCGUCCUGCAGGUGAUGGAGAUGAUCAACGAGAAUGCCAAGAGUAGGGGGCGGCUCAUCGACUUCAAGGAAAUCCAGUAUGGCUACCGCAGGGUGGACCCCAUGUACGGGGUAGAAUACAUUUUGGAUCUACUCCUCUUAUACAAAAGACACAAGGGAAGGAAGCUGACGGUGCCAGUGAGGCGGCAUGCCUACCUCCAGCAGGUGUUCAGCAAGCCUUUCUUCAGAGAAACCGAAGAGCUAGAUGUCCACAGUCUCGUGGAGAGCAUUAACGGUGACACACAGUCCUUCUCCUUUAUAUCCGAUUCUUUAAAGAUAUUAUCCUCCUUUCAAGGGGCCAAAGCAAUGGGAGGGCACAAUGAAAAGAAAAUACACAUCCUUGUUCCUCUCGUUGGAAGGUAUGACAUUUUCUUGAGGUUCAUGGAGAACUUUGAAAAGACUUGUCUUAUCCCAGAGCAGAAUGUAAAACUGGUCAUCAUCCUCUUCAGUAGGGAUUCUGGCCAAGAUUCCACCAAGCAUAUUGAGCUGAUAAAAGACUAUCAGAGUGAGUACCCUAAGGCCGAAGUGACCGUGAUCCCCGUGAAGGGAGAGUUUUCCAGAGGUCUCGGUCUUGAAGUGGCUUCUUCCCAGUUUGACAAUGAUACUUUGCUGCUAUUCUGUGAUGUCGACUUGAUCUUCAGAGGAGACUUUCUCCAGCGAUGUAGAGACAAUACAAUUCAGGGGCAACAGGUGUACUACCCCAUCAUCUUUAGCCAGUAUGAUCCAAAGGUAACCAACGGAGGAAAUUCACCUACUGAUGAUGACUUUGCCUUCUCAAAAAAGACUGGAUUUUGGAGAGACUAUGGAUAUGGAAUUACCUGUAUUUAUAAAAGUGAUCUCCUGGGUGCAGGUGGAUUUGAUACCUCAAUACAGGGCUGGGGACUGGAAGAUGUAGAUCUCUACAACAAAGUUAUUCUAUCCGGCUUAACACCCUUCAGAAGUCAAGAAGUAGGAGUGGUGCAUAUUUUCCAUCCAGUUCAUUGUGACCCUAACUUGGACCCUAAGCAGUAUAAGAUGUGCUUAGGAUCCAAGGCAAGUACUUUUGCCUCAACCAUGCAACUGGCUGAAAUCUGGUUGGAGAAACAUUUGGGCGUCAGGUACAACCGGACUCUCUCCUGA